AUGAAUGAUCAAUAUGAUAAAAUGAAUUGUACAUUGAAUUCAUUGAAUUCAUUCCAUAAACAUCAUGAUGUACUGCAACACCAUCACCACCAACCACCACCACCACCACAACAACAACAACAGCACAAUCAUGAAUAUAAUAAAUUACAAUUACCAACAUCGUCAUCAUCAUCAUCAUUAUCACAAUUGAAUUAUUCUAUUGAAAAUCAUUUGAAUGAAUUUCGUAAUAAAAUUGAUAAGAAUAAUUCUAUUGGAUUGUAUUCAACUGAAACGAAAUUAGUCAAUUUAUCUGAAUCUAAUAUACCAAAUUGGACAGAUAUGAUACCAACAUCAUUAUCUAUGAAUAAAUAUGAUUCAAUACCAUUUGGACAACAAUCAUAUCAGAAUAUUUCAUUUCCAUAUUAUAUACAAGAAAAUUUACAUGUUUCACCUUAUAUUCAUGGAUUUGAUACAUCAAAUAAAGUAUAUUCAUCAUUUAAUCCAAUAUCAUCAACUACCAAUUUUAUAAAUUCCAAUAAAACAAAUAUAAAAUCGAAUCAUUUAUCAGAAGAUAUUUCAUUGUUAUCAUCCUCCUCAUCAUCAUCAACAUUAUCAUCUUCAUCACCAUCAACAUGUUCACCAUUAUCAUCAUCUUUAAUCACUUCAACAAAUACAACAUCAACAAUAACAACUACAAUCAAUUCAAUGUAUACAAAUUUUCCAAAUACAAUGCAUUUAUUAACGUCUAAAUCAUUUCCCCUUAACAACAACAACAAUCAUAGUAAUAAUUCACAAUUAAUGAAUCAUAUCAAUACUGUUAACAAUCAUGAUAGAUUAUCAUUUACUAAUCUAUUCAAUCAUAAAGAAUUAUUUUCAUCUAGAAUGAAUUGUAAUAAUGAUAAUUAUGAACAAAUUACAUCAUCUAAUUUAUUAACUUCAAAUGAUUUAUUAACAGGUACAUUAAAUAAAAUUAAUCAUUUUCAUUAUGGAACUAAUAUUGACUCAAUUACAGAUAAUAAUAAUAAUAAUAAUAAUCAACAAAGAUUACCAUUUAUUUCAGAGGUCAAUAAUCACAAUAGUACAACAUCGAUCACCGUAGCAUCUACUAUGACAUUGUCAACAAUCAAUUCAUUAUGGUCAUCACAAUUAAAACAGUUAACACGUUUAGACGAAAGUCGAUUAGAUAUGAGUUCAGAUCAGAUAGUAAGUAGUAGUGGUGGUGGCAGUGUUAUUCCAUUUCAACAGUUCAUUAAUUCUUCAUUAUCAAUACCAUUUACUACAACUGAUAAUAAUAAUAAUAAUACUACAAUUAAUAAUUGUUUCAAUAAUAUUUCAUCCAAAUUACAACCGAAUGAAACUAUUACUACCACUACUACCACCACCACCACUGUUACUACUACUACUACUACCACUACUGAUAAUCAGAUUAGUAAUACUUCAAGUCUACAUUUUACUCAAGAUGAUAUACAAACAUUAUCAUCUACACUAUGGUCAAAUGAACGAUUAAAUAAUAAUACUUAUAAUACAGAAUUAAAUCAUAAUGCAUUUUAUCAACCAAUCUAUAACUCAAUGCAUACUAUGCCUACAAGAUAAAUAUUAAUAAAGAGUAUAACUUAUUAAUACCUCUAUUAAUAUCCACUCAUUACUACUACCACUACCACUACUACUACUACUACUACUACU